GCUUCCCGCCCCCAAGCGGAGCCGGUGCGGAGGGGAGCCGGGAAAGAGCGAAGCCUAGGCGGCUGAGUGGCCGCCGCGCUCCCGCCAUGGCCCGGAACACACUGUCCUCACGCUUCCGCCGCGUGGAUAUCGACGAAUUUGACGAGAACAAAUUCGUAGACGAGCACGAAGAGGCAGCGGCGGCGGCGGGCGAGCCAGGCCCCGACCCCUGCGAGGUAGACGGGCUCCUGCGGCAAUAUCCUUCCCGGCGCGGCGGCCCGGCUCGGCCUUCGCACCCUGAUCACCCCAGCCCCAGUCUCCCGGUCCUCCGCCCAACCCCAGCCCCUCCCGGCUCCUGUCAGUCCCAGGUUCUCCCGGUCUGUGGUUGGCCUUACGCCUUUCUCAGCAGCGCAGCCCUGGAGCUCCUCUCCCUCUGCUCUGCUGCGCUCCGCAUCCUUCUGGGUGUCCGUGCAUCGGCCUUGGUAUCCCUUUAUCCCUCCUUAUAGUAAGCGGGGUCAUUCCCAGGUGCUGCCCUCAGGAGGGACCGAGGUGAACCACCUUGGAUUCAUUGAGCAGCCAGGGCCACUGCCCUACUGCGCUUGUCUAACUGGCUUUCUUGGGCCCGAUUGUAGCCCGGCGUGAAAAUAGGGGACAUGCUUCGGGCGUUCCAUGCAGCUUUGCGGAACUCACCAAUCAACACCAAGAAUCAAGCUGUGAAGGAACGAGCCCAGGGUGUAGUCCUGAAAGUACUCACAAACUUUAAGAGCAGCGAAAUUGAGCAGGCUGUGCAGUCACUGGACAGAAAUGGCAUUGAUUUGCUAAUGAAGUACAUUUAUAAAGGGUUUGAGAAGCCUACAGAAAAUAGCAGUGCAGUGCUACUCCAGUGGCAUGAAAAGGCCUUAGCUGUAGGAGGACUAGGCUCCAUUAUAAGAGUUCUUACAGCAAGAAAGACUGUUUAAAAAAAAAUCCUGUUACCUUGAGAAGAAUUUUGGAUGCCCAGGCUGGUGAAGAAGGGACUGACAAUGGACCAUCUUCCUAGAACUCCCAACUAAAUACUUCAGGACACAUCUUCUGGAAUGUAUUUUACUUUUGAGGUGGAGGGAGAAAUUGUCUUAUUGAUUCCUAAAUUCUUUGCAGGAUCAGAAUGUCUGCCUUUGUCUACAGAGUUAACACAGAACCAACACUUGACUAUCAGGCUGACUGGCCAGAUUAUGUCAGGUGUACCUGUGAGCACUGUCUGUUUGAAAUGGGGAGGGACUGUUUGGGCAGGUGCAGAUCCACAGGCUGUGGUGAAAAGGAGAGCUUGGGUUCUGAAGCGGAAAAACCUGAGAGUUUGUACAGACAUCCUGUCUUCUCAGAGAAGACAGGCUCUCUUGGGUUCAUUGUAAAGUGCCUGCUGCAUCAAUAAAGCUCUUGGCUUAUUAGUCUAUUCAUCGCGGUGUGUUCUCUGUAUGUUAAGUGGGAAAAGAAAGGGUUAGUAAUGAAUGAUGAUAGUUGGGUUUGGAAAGCUGAUGUAGAAGGAGUACAGGUGUCCCUGUCCUGCCAUCCCUGGGGGAGGGGGAAAGCAAGCAGGGCGACGACACAGCUGUGCCAUAUUUCAACUACAGAGGUGCUGGAUGCUACCGAGAGACCUUUUGCUGAGUGUUUAUUUUUCUUACUCUUUUGAUUUGUAUGUAAUUUUGGAGCUUAUUUAAUAAAGUGCCAAACCUUUAAUGA